CUCGCAGUCAGUCGGCAGGCAGAGCAUGAGCAGCCCGCAGCUUUUUCGUGGGGAGAUCGCAGUUCUUCGCUUGCCUAUCGAUGGCGUUCCGGAAAUCGUAGUUCUUAGGCUUUGUUCAAUUUGGUUAGACGGCAGUUGGCAGCAAUUAAGAGCAGUGGCCACUACAUUAAUUAUUGAUAGUACGCGUGGCAGACAAGUUGGCCCCACGAUAAGCAAAUGAUUAGAUUGCGAUGUGUUUGUUCGCGCGUCAUUGUUGUCAAUAAACAAAAGCUGGCUUGCGGUCACAGCAACUAGGCGGUUAACCUGACUUACCCGUUUCGGUUUCGAAUUCGGUUUCAUUGCCGUUUUCUUGAGUUUGUGAGCUCUGCGCUUUUGCCAGUCUUGCAGAAUGAAUUUCGGUGUGCAUCGGAAACAACCGAAAUCGAAAUAACAAUCGGCCAUUCACAAAGCCAUCUGCCACCCUGAAAUCGUCUGAAAUAUUAUUCGUAUUGAAUAAUGUGUGUCAUAAGUGCAGAAGUUAAGUGCAGCCUAAGGCAAAAAGUCACAAAAGUGCAAUUAAUUUAAAUUAAUUUUUGUUUAAUUUAUAUAAAAAUUUUCACUACUCGUAACUCGGGUGCCCGACCCACUAAUGUCGGAGAAGUGCAAGUUCAUGGCGAAAUUUAAAUACCAAUUUGUGCAAACUGAUGGGGAAAAUCAGAACGGCAAAAUCAUUUAAAGGCAGUGCGGCUUACAAUUGCUGACUAAGAACUUUCAGAUUAAUGCAAUUAAAAUUGGCUUUACGUCGACUAACAAUAAACCGUUGAGAAUAGCAAAUGUGUGUUAAAGCAGAUCCAGAGAUCUGGCAGCAGUUAAGACCAAUUAGAAGCAUCGUUGCAGCACUAAAUCAAGGAAAAUAGUUUCAAGGCGUGCAGCAAACAUAAGGUGGGAAAAUGUCAGCCACUCAGCCAAAGGAUACGGCAUUGAAGACUAAGGAGUCGGCGGCUGAGACAGCAGCCCCUCUGGCCCUACUCUCUGCCAAAACAGCAGGAGCAACGGAACCGAAAAGUUUAACCUCUAGCGCUGCUUUGUCACUGUUUGAUCAGCUGAAAAACAGCGUCAAUGUAAACAGUUUGACAAUUGGCGCCGGCGUCAGCAACAGUAGCCCAGAAGCUAUCCCAUCUAAAACAGCAGCUGCCAGUACACCUACCGUCCCCCUGCUACUUACCACCACAACCACAUCACCCACCUCCAAAAUCCCCUCUCCGGCUACCAAUAUUGAACUGAAACCCCCUGCCAAGCCCACGCGACCCUUUACCUCGCCCAACACCAUUGGAAUCGUGCAGGGCACCAAACGGGGGGCGGGCGGAGUAGUUGGCGGGCUCGGAGCUCAAGCAACCAAAUUCGAUAUAAACGCAUUGCGAUCUCAGCUCUAUCAGGGCGCCAGGAAGACUGCAACAACAACUGGAGUAGGAAUCGGUCAAACAAUAACCGUGACAGCUGCGCCAAGAACAACUGGAGGAGAUCGCGGAACAAAGGGGUCAAAGAAGCGGUGUCUGGAUCGGUACGACUCGUCGGAGUCAUCAGACAGCGGCGUUGCCACCUCACUGAGCUGCGCGGAUUCCAGCACGGGCUCCAGUGAGGAUGCGUCCGAUCCCGGCUCCCCGUACAGUGCGCACUCGCAACUGAGCGAUCCGCCCGACCCGCUGGCCAAAAUGCCGCCACAGAUCCAUGGGAGCGCCAGCGGCAGCAGCUCUACAGCGGCCGCAUCUCCGCCCUCCAGCAGUGCCAGUCAAACGCCACCUCCGCCAGCCAUCCACCACAGUCAUCCAAGCCAGCACUGCCCAACCAGCGUCAUGUCCAAGCCAACGACGCCUCAGCGCCACGGCAACCCCAGCCUCCUUCCCACGCUCCAGUGGCCGUGGAACACUAGUCUGGGCAGCACCUCCACUGCCGUACCUGCUGCCUCUGCCAACAAAAACAAGCGGACGGCUGCCGGAUCUGGAGCGUCAUUAGGAUUGAGCGGUGAAGGCUCCUGCUUAAUCGGCGGAGGAGCCGCGGCGGCUAAGAAGGCUCGCAGCGAUUUGCCCGGCUCCUUUGACGCAAGCAAAAGACUGAAAGUGGCCGCCAUGGAAGAGUCGCAGACCAAGAUCACCGGUUUUUUUAAAUCCCAAAUGAAGCCGUCUCCUGGCGGCGGAAAGCUAUCCCCGCAGCCCGGUCAGCAAAGCAAUCCGGCCAACACGCUGACGAUGAGCACGCCCGCAACCACCGCCUCGCUCAACAAGUACUUUAAUAUCCUAUCGCAGCUGAAAGAACAGAAGGCCCAGCAGCAGCAGCAUCAGGCAUCCAAGACCUUGCCCACGGCAGCUCCAGUGGCCCCAGUCACACCUGCGCCUCCUGUCACGCCCGUGGUCACUGCCAGUGCCAGUUUGCCCGUCCCGGCGCUGAAAAAGAUCGAACGCAGCACCAAGCAGCCGGCCAAGAUUGCGCAGGUGGCACCAAAUUUACGCAAGACGCCCAGCAGUGGAUCGUCAGGCAGUUCUUCGUCGCCUUCGUCUAGCUCCUCGAAUGCCUCGAAUACGGGCAAAUCACCAACGAAGAAGCACGUGGCCAUUGCACCCAGGACGCCGGAGAUGAAACAGCAGCAGCAGCAGGGAAAGGCGGCCAUGGUAUACCGACCGCCAGUAACGAGCCCCGCCUUGAAGCAUAAACAGAUCUCACCACCCGCCCCCGUGGCGGCCACAACACCCGCCCCAACACCAGCACUAAAUCCAACGCCCGCCCCCGCUAAUCCCACGCUUUACCAGCUGCCCGUGCAGCUGCCUAAUCUAGUCCAGCUUCCGCCCCAGCUGGCGGCCGCCGCCAAUAUUAUGCAGCUGAACAACGUGGCCAAAGCUGCAGUGGCCGCGGCGGCCACUAACAACGCGGCCGCCCAGGCGGCGCAGGCUGCUCAGGCAGCUGCUGCCCAAUAUUUUUUGAACGGCACUGUCUUUAAGCUACAACAGGUUACCACGGCCACGACGACGACGGCCACCACGGCAACGGCAGCGGCGGCCCCGACUGGCAAUCCUUUUGGACUGCUUAACUUAGCCACGGCGGGCAAUCCCUUUGGCCUACCCAAUGCCAAUGGACAGUUCCCCAUUGAAGCCAUUCCUGGAGCUGGAAGUUAUCUCCAUCAUCAACUGCUUCUGGCCAGACAGAACAACAUGAGUUUAAACGAAAAUAUGGCUUCCAGUUCUUGCGGCAACAUGAACUUUGUUAAUCCACUUAACAAUCAGCAAGUUGGACUCAAAGAUAACAAAUUAUAUAUUGUCAACUCGGCUGAGUACCUAGGAUACUUAAUGAGUCUACAGAUAGCUCUUAAUAACCAACAACAUCAGCAACAACAAAUCAUAUCUGCCACACAGCCGCCACCACUGGCAGCCACAAAUAAUAACAGUACGAACACUGCCACUCAACCGCCGCCAUUGGCAGCUACGAACAAUACCAAUUUAAACACUGCCAACAAUUCGACUGCCAGCAACAGUAACAACCAUAAUGCCUCGAAUAAUCUAAGCACUAUCAACAACACUGCCAUACAGCCUCAGCGAGCGAUUGUGAAGCCGCCAUUGCACAGUUCUACGCAACCGCCGCCACUUGUGACGAUUUCCUCCAUGCCCGCGUGCUCUCCGGCUGCCGUAUCUUCGCCAGCGGCCAAACGAUCACUGCCCGCCACCAAGCCUUACCAGAAGCGGCUGACCGCAAAGGGCAGAGUGGGUACAGCACCGAUAAUCGCAACGCCUACCACGCCGCCUCCUCUGGUGCCCACGUCUGCUACCAAGGAGCUCGGUCAGCUUCGCAAGAGUACGGGAACCACUGGACCCCCCACAAGCACACCAACACCAACACCACCGCUAGUAAGCAUCGCACCCUCGAAGCUGACUCCAACACUGAGCGUUUCGAAGCAAGGAUCUACAAUGAAGCUAGCCAACAGUGCUCCCGAUCUCUUUGACCUGGUUAAGAACUCCAAGCUGGUAGCCAAGGUCUCGCAACCGUUGACGCCGCUUCCAUUAAUUUCCCCCAGCAGCAGCAGCAACGGAAGUCACGGUAUGCGAUCUUCGCCGACCCUCUCCACGUCAAACUCCUGCACCUUGUCUGCAUUUAGCAAGAUCAAGGUGGAAACAAUGGAGCCUGCUUCCCAGACUAGCUCCAUGACUUCCUCCUCAAUACCUACAAUAUCACCCAAGCCUCAGAGCUUCGCCGGGCAGCUGCCCAAGAGGGAACCGGAAUCGGAGAUCGACACGUUGAAGCACGACAUAUUGCCAGACUGCACCAAUAGCAACUCAAACUCAAAUUCCUGUAGCAGCAGCACCUAUUCCCACUCGGUUAGUUCGGCAGCUGAUCUCUCACUAGAAGCCUCUACGCCCGCCCCUUCACCUUCACCUUCAGCAUCGCCUUCCGGCUUGGGGUCACCCUCGCCGGCGGCCAGCAACUUGAGUGGCAGCAGUCGGCGGGCUGCUAGCCAAACUGAUAUGCUAAGUGAAUUGGUUACUUCGUCAUGCAUAUCCAGCGGUGGCGACGACUGCUCUCAAGCCACAGACUCGCCUCCACUCCCGACACUUCCUCUGACCAAGAGUGAUAAUACUACCACUCCCAUUUCCACGGUCAGCGGGGGAAGCAGCAGUGGGAGUAGCAAUUACGAUGAAGAGGACGACAAGUCGGUGGCCUCGCUGGAAACUCAUCAGACGCACAAGCAGCUAAGGGACCUGCCCACGCCCGAGUCAGGAAUCGGUGGAAGUCUAAGUAACAGCGAGAGCAGCAAUUCAAUUGCGGAUGCCAUUUCCUCCAAAUCUGCCUCUGUGAGACUACCCACUACUGCAGCGAGCAGCUCUUCAUCCACCGCUUCCGACAGCAACUCACUGGCUAGCAAUGCACCAUCCCCAGCAUCUCCGGACAAUUGUUCUGCCGCUCCUUCGCCCGCCUGUUCUGCAUCCACUGCCGGGUCUCUUCCGCCCAGUACUGUGGUGGACAUUGCGAUGGUGGAAGCCACCAGCAAAAGUCUGCCAAAGAGCUCUAUAUCUCCAAUCCUCUCUCAGCCAAAGACCAUACGCUUUCCGCCUGGUGCAGGAACUGGCGGCAAAGGCGGAAAGCGGCAUGACGGCGUCUGCUACUGGGACAAGUGUAACAAAAAGCAUGAGAGCAACUCCAAGCUGCUAGACCACAUGCAGACGCACCACGUCAAUACACAAACAGGUCCCUUCGCCUGUCUAUGGGUGGGAUGCAAAGUGUAUAACAAGGAGUCAUGCUCUCGUCGCUGGCUGGAGCGUCACGUGCUCUCCCAUGGUGGCUCUAAACAAUUCAAGUGCAUCGUGGAGGGCUGCGGCCUACGGUUCGGCUCACAACUGGCGUUGCAAAAGCAUGUUAACAAUCAUUUUAAUGCCACUGACAAUGCAAAAGAAAGCACAAGCAAGCGCACGUCUGAUCCGCCAGUACCCAAACAACUCCGUAAAAAUGGCAAGAAGCUCCGAUAUCGCCGUCAGCCGUUCUCAGCUCGCAUGUUUGACUUCUUCGACACGGGCAUAAUGGAGGGGCUACAGCACCGCCUGCGCCAGAUUAGUACACUCACCAACGGUGCCCAGGCCAUCGAGUUCCAGGGGCAGUGCAUGAUGCGACGCCGCAAUAGCCAAGGCGGCUACGAGUGCUUCGUCCGAUGGUCACCGCGCGAGAUAAUUUCCGACGAGUGGCUGCCGGAUUGUCUAAACCGAACGCUUCAGCACACUAAGGUACUGCACAUCAAGCAAAUGCGGCCAGCCGAAAAAACUCGCGUGGACAGCCUGCUCAGCACGGCUUUCCGUUUACGCUAUGACUCUCACUUAUUUGCAGACGAUUAUAAUGUAAAUGAGCAGCAGAUCGGCGAGGCGAGCGGCAGCGAUUGCGACGACGAUGGAGAUCACGGGGAGGAAUUAGAGGAUGAAGAUGAAGAUGGUAGCAGUAGUUCGCGAAGUGCGAGUUGUGAGACGGUGUCCAGCUAUCAGCAGGUACUUAGCAUCGCCAAGCUGCAUAUGCAACAGCGGCGUAAGCACCCGCGAAAACCACCAAAAAUGACACCGCCGGCGAGGGAAAAGCUGGUUCCAACGGACGCACUAGUUCCCAUUUAGGGUUAAAACAGUUUUAUAGUAUUUUCUAAGUUAUUAAACCGAAAAACAAACGACAAACGAGUAAACAGUGACAAGUAGACUAGUUAGUAUAAGACUCAAGUAAAUUACUACUAGAUGCAUCCAUUAAUGUAUAGAAGUUAUUA